CAGUCAAUGUCAUAAUAAAAGUAAAAAUUUGCCGCGCGUUAAACUUAGGUAUUUAUUAUUAUCAACUUUGUAUUUCUUUUGAAAUAUGUCUGAAGAAGAGAAUUAUACGGAGUUAGAUAUAUCUGAUGUUGUAGAAGACACGGAUCAUUACCUCGAAACCGAUUACCAACGAACGGAUAUAAUAGAAUCGGAGUUGUCGGCAGUUCAGGAUUCCGAAAUUUUGAAUUCCGAAGACCAAGUUGCAGAGAGGAAAUUGGUUAUACAGGGUGCAAAUAAGCCAGAAGUUUUAAGAACUACUAAACUUCCUUUAGCGCGGAUAAAGAAUAUUAUGAAAUUGGAUCCGGACGUCAGUGUUGUAAACGCUGAAGCAGUUUUUUUAGUAACGAAAGCUACGGAACUAUUCCUAGAGACAAUUGCCAAAGAAACUUACACAUACACAGCUCAACAAAAGAGGAAAACAAUAGCAAAGAAGGAUCUCGACGUUGUCAUCAACAAAGUAGACUGCCUUUGUUUUUUGGAGGGUGCUAUGGACUUUUAAAUAGUAAAUGUAAAUUAAAUAAUUUUUUAGCAAUAGUAUAGCUCUUUGUGCCUGAGCUUGUCCGGGGAAAUAAGACCCCCAUGCAUUUCUGCUGCCUAGCAUUAUUGCAAUGCUGUUUUCUGGUCUGAAGGGUGUGGUUGCCGAUGUUAGUUCAGGCAAAUGAGGCUUGAUACCUACACUUCUGGUUUAUGGACACAGGGCUGCAACAUGUUCUAAGUUCUAAAACUGACCAACACUUCACAGGGCAUGAAC